UAUAUGGAAUCACGGAUUCCUCCAUAGGGGGCGCAUUUUCUAACGGUUUCUAAUCGGAACGAAUAUAAAUACCUAAACAUUUUGCCAGUAUUUAUUUAUUUAAUGUUACUGUGGAAAAGUUUUGAGCUACAUCUAGCUGAAAUCGCAGUUGCAGAGUCCAAAUUCUUGAAAUCUAGAUCCAUAUACCACAAUAUAACACAAAGCCGAAGUUCAGAAAAUGGAAUGACGUUUCGCGCGCAUUAUGUAAUCUGGCAGACGACAAUUUCAUGACAGUGUGACACGGAGAAGUACUGAAUCCUGGCUGGCGUACGCGAAAUAUUCAGCCAGGAGUAUUUUAAAUACCUCUAUCAAAUUCAACGAUUUUGAAGGGGAACCAUGGCCACAGAAGAUGACAUUGCAAAGUUUCACAAGGAUGGGUAUGUUGUUAUCAAGGACUUUCUGACCCCUGAAGAGGUCGACUCGCUGAAAAGGAGUUGCUGUGACAUCGUGACAGACAUGAACCCUAAGGAUCACACAAUGACAGUUUUUGACUGCCGAAACCAGACUAGAGACGAUUACUUCCUGACCAGUGGGGAUAAAAUUCGAUUCUUCUUUGAGAAAGGAGCUGUCAGUGACAAUGGGGAGCUGACCAUUGAUAAGCACUUGUCUCUCAAUAAAAUUGGCCAUGCCCUGCAUGAACUCGUCCUUGAGUUCAAGAAGGUCACCCAUAACCCCAAUGUCCAGGAUGUUGCCAGGAAACUUGGCUACAUUAAGCCUGUGAUUGUGCAGAGCAUGUACAUCUUCAAGCAGCCCAAGUUCGGUGGAGAAGUGCCCCCACACAUGGAUGCUAGCUUCCUGUGCAACGAGCCACUCAAACUGACGGGCUUCUGGAUAGCCCUUGAGAAAUGCACGCUGGAAAAUGCCUGCCUCCAGUUCAUUCCUGGUUCCCAAGGCAUGGAGGUGAAGACUCGCAUGAUUCGAAAUCCCGAUGGGGAUGAACCAUCUCUCAUUUUCACUGGUGACCGUAACCUGGACAUGGAUCCCAACCUCUUUGUUCCAGAAGAGGUUGAACCAGGAACCUGCAUACUCAUUCACGGCCAAGUCAUUCACAAGAGUGAGGAGAACCGUUCAGACAGGUCCAGGCACAUCUACACCUUCCACAUUGCUGAAUCCUUGGACAGCAAGUGGCAUGAAGGAAACUGGCUCCAACCCAGCAAAGAAAUGCCCUUUCCCGAACUCUACACCUCCUCCUGAACUCUCCGACCAAUCUCAAGUAGCACUUGGUGGAGUGAGUACUUGCAUGCACGAAAAGGCGUUGAGUUGAGUUCCGAGUUGCAGUUUGUUAUCUCAUUGCAUCAGUGCCACACACGUUGAGUUUGCAACACAUGAAGAGCAUGAACAUUCAUCUCCGUCAAACUGUAUUUCGGUCAUGGUUCGACAUUGGAAAUUGAUUACAUAUCUGGUGUUGAAAUUACAUUAGAACCAGCAUUGUCUUCUGAGAUUUGUACAAAUUUUGGAAAUCCAAAAUCGAAAUUUUUAUUUUUUUUUCAAUGGACAAAUUCACACCAGGUGUGACAUUGUUGAUCGUUUUUGAAAUUGUUACAUUUUUCACUCAUUCAUUUGUGGUAUUAAUUGUUCAGUAUUAAUAUCAUUAAUUCAUUGAUGCUCAUGUCACUCUUUAUUUGUUUGAUAUUACAAGUUUACUCAUUGUUAUUUUAAUGUUUCAUUUUUAAAUUGUGGCUCUUGCAAAUUUAACAUUUGUGCAGUAUGUACAUGUAUAUACAUAUAUUUUUAAUUACCUGGAAUGCAGCUAGUACGGAAAGACAUUUGUAUAACUGUCUCACGGUACCGUAGUCAAAGUUUUCCAAAUGUAAAUUCCUCUCUCAGCCUAAAAUAUUACACCCCAUGUUUCUUGUGUACGGUAUGCACCCUGUUCAUGUACAUGUAUUUGUAUUCCUUACAGUCUGUAGAAAUAUAAUGAUAUUGAUCCUACAUGUAAGUUUAGAUGCUGCCCUCUAGUGUCUGGUGGCAGUAGAGGAAACUGUACACUCGCACAUGUCAUGACCAAACAGCGGGUUAAGUACAGCUGCUUGAUAUCUGGGGCCCAUGUAAGCUACAUGUAGGCUAAACAGCCACAUAAUUCCACGUCGUCUAUAAAUUCAGUAUGUGGUGUUUGUGGGGAUUAAAUGUAACAUUCCAAGACCUUUCAAAAUCUACCAGGAGGUGCUCUAGGAUUUUGGAAGAUGGAGGAAGGUGGAGACCUGUCAAGAAUGACUGCAGCAUCUUGUAGGGCAUAGUCAGUGAGGUUCUGAAAAGGACAGUUGGAUGGAACUUUCCAGACAGUAUGCUGUGUCCUCGCUCAGAAGGUUGAAGGUUCAACAGUAUGUUGGCUUUGAAUGGACAGAAACGGGGAAAGGGGAGGAUGUUAGGACCUGAAGAAGCCUGGGGAAGCUUCUUAUCCCAGAACCGUGUACAACUCACAAAUGAAUCACCUACAUGUUGCUCCCACAAACCUUGUGACUGAUGACAAAGGCAUUGGCAGUCAGGGUUAGCUGAAUGCUAAGUGAUGUAAAAGACCCAUAGUGCAAAACAGAAAUGCAGCCACCUUGAAUUUUUAUCCCUUUUAUGCCAGUAGGAACUGAGGCAUUACUUCAGCAAAUUUACUGUAUAUUGGUGGAAGGGAAUGUUCCUGAAAAUUUGAUGUAUAUCAAAUUUCUCUUCUGGAGAGUUUCAGCUUUCCCAGAGCUUUUAUUACAGGGUGUGCCUUCAGUGGUUUGCUUGGAAUUGAGUUCUGUUUUUCAUACAAUCAAGUACCCACUGAUUUGCAGUGAUAUUAAAAAUCUCAGGCAAGAAGCAGAGCAUUUUGACAGCAAGGAAUUGCUGCCCGUCUACACUCGACAGAGUGAAGUAAACCAGAUGCUAUUUUAGGAAGCCAUUUUUGGAAUUCACAAAGGUCUAAGCUAACACAGCCGGAAAGUAAAAAUGGGCACCUGGCAUUUUGAGUUGGGUAUUGAGCACCUGCUUCUCCCAGUCAUCCUUCACUUAGACAGUCAAGAGUCAUGUUGUUUAGUGCAUGACGCAUGUACAUAGGGAUGGACAGUAGUAUGAUACCAUUUGCACAUGGUAAUUGCUUGGGUCACCGGUGUAACCAUGCUGCAGGUCAGUCUAAAUGGUCCAUCAACAUCUUACAAUCUCCUAGCAUAUCGUAUGAUAAAUCGGGCAGAAGUUGGUGUUGAUGGUGAAGUGAAUGUUUAAAUGACAGAUUCAUGCAGGUGAGCUCCCAGUCAAUUUCUCAACGAGUGACAUUUCCGUCUUUUAUUCGUGUUUGUUUUCAUCAGAUGCUGCAACUUUUGAAAGAGGAAAGUAGAGUUCAAAUGUGGUACUUUUAAUCUAGUACUCAAUCUUUGUGUUCAGCGAGCGUGUUACUGUUUUCCUUUCUUCAACAAACCAGUAGCUUUACUUUUCCCAUAAAACAAUAAAUAAAAACCUGCCAAUUAUUUGUGUUUUAAUCAACGAACAGGCAGAGAAGUACAUACUUGUAAAUAUACAAAUCUAUAUUUAGUCCUACGUUAAAAAUUGUUCCAAGCUCACUGGCUAAAUACUCAAAGACAAAAGCGAUUGCUUCAUAUUUAGCUGGAUAUUAGUCAAUAAAUAAGUACGUGAAGAGAAAACACAGAAAAACAGUUACUAUGUACAGUAUAAGGAUAAUCUCUGUAUAAAUGGCUAUUGUGCCUUCUUAACAAUAAAUAGGUCCGUUAUACCUCUCCUUAGAAAACAGCUGUGGUGGUUAUCUGUCCCCUCUACCCCAGUAAAAGUGAUUGUUAGGAAGGAAAUUAGAGUUGGAAUAAACAGACUUCUGGUUUACAGUGUAA